CCAGACUACCAGUUUGAUCAGAUUCUGUCUCAAGCAUGGAGGACAAAAGUAACACAGUGGGGACCUUCCAGGUUGGGGACUAUGUGGUGUUUGCCUUUCUGUUUGUGAUCUCCUCUGGUAUCGGGGUUUUCUUUGCCAUCAAAGAGAGGAAGAAAGCCUCAUCUAAAGAGUUUCUGGUUGGGGGCCGUCAGAUGUCCUGCGGGCCGGUGGCCCUUUCUCUCACCGCAAGCUUCAUGUCUGCAGUCACAGUGAUUGGAGGCCCAUCAGAUGUGUACAGAUACGGGGCCUCGUAUGUCAUCUUUGGGGUCGCCUACACAUUUGUGGUUUUUUUAACCGCUGAGCUCUUCCUGCCUGUGUUCUACAGAUCAGGGAUCACCAGUACAUAUGAGUAUUUGGAGUUACGUUUUUGUAGGCUUGUUCGUGUUGCAGCCACUCUAAUUUAUAUCAUUCAAACGAUUCUGUACACUGGUGUGGUAGUUUAUGCGCCUGCUUUAGCUCUGAAUCAAGUGACAGGAUUUGAUCUUUGGGGAUCCAUAUUUGCCACUGGCAUUGUCUGCACUUUUUACUGCACAUUGGGUGGGCUGAAAGCUGUGGUCUGGACAGAUGCCUUCCAGAUGGUGGUGAUGGUGGUUGGGUUUCUCACAGUCCUGAUCCAGGGUGCAAGUCGAGCAGGAGGGAUUGAGUCUGUCUGGAGCACAGCUCACAGCGGAGGCAGAAUGCACAUCUUUGACUUUGAUGUUAAUCCACUAAGGCGACACACGUUCUGGACCCUCACUAUAGGCGGCACCUUCACUUGGUUGGGCAUCUAUGGAGUAAACCAGUCAACCAUCCAGAGAUGCAUCUCUUGCAAAACAGAAGGUCACGCACGCUGGGCUCUGUAUCUGAAUCUGCUGGGUUUGUGGAUCAUUCUGUUCUGUGCUGUGGUAUCUGGUCUGAUCAUGUAUGCUUUCUACUCCCACUGUGACCCCUGGUCGGCUGGACUGGUCUCUGCUCCAGACCAGCUCAUGCCAUAUUUUGUGAUGGAAAUUCUUGGUGCGUUUCCAGGACUGCCAGGUUUAUUUGUUGCGUGUGCGUUCAGUGGAACACUGAGCACAGUAGCUGCCAGUAUUAAUGCUUUGGCCACAGUGACGUAUGAAGACUUUGUGAGCCAGUGUUUCAGAGAUUUGUCCAACCGAGCAGCCAACUGGAUCAGCAAAGCACUGUGUGUGGUGUUCGGAGUGGCCUGCACUACUAUGGCCGUGGCUGCGUCUUAUAUGGGAGGAAUUGUACAGGCGGCCCUUAGUAUCCACGGCAUGUGCGGAGGCCCAAUGCUGGGCCUGUUUUCACUUGGAAUCCUGUUUCCUGUCACUAACCUAAAGGGGGCAGUUGGAGGUCUGAUCAUGGGCAUCAGUCUCUCGUUUUGGGUCGGUGUGGGAGCUUUCAUUUAUCCAGCACCCAGCAAUAACACACGUCCGCUGGAACUCAACACUGCAGGCUGUAGCUUCAACACCACAGCUGAUGGAUUCAACCAGACAUCAGUCACCGUGAGCGCUCUCACCUCUGACAGGUUUUGGCUGGCUGAUUCAUGGUACUCCAUGUCCUAUCUGUACUAUAGUGCAGUGGGCUUUAUUGGCACUGUAGCAGCAGGCCUACUCAUCACACUGCUGACGGGGCCAAUGGACCCCAAGGAGGUAAAGCCAGGACUAACUCGAUCAGUGAAGGAGGUCAUCUGCUUCUGCUCUGAGAGAAACAGACAAGCAGACUUUAGUGAAGACAAAGAGGAUUUGGGAGACUUUGGCACUGCAUGGGAGAAACAUCCAGACAAGGAAGAUUUUAUAAUAAUGGAGGAGAAGGUCAAGAGUUGUGAGGAUAACCUGCAGGAGAAUGGUUACACUAAUGCCGCUUUUGAUCUUAAUGAAUCUAGUCGAGUUCAAGCAAAGCUUUAACACAUAAACAUACUGAAAAUGUUCAGUGAAGUCAAAUACAUAAACUAUUUAAUUAAAAAGAUACAAUUACAGAAAAGUAAGAUCCAAAUCUAUGUUACAGACGUAUUGUACAAUUCUUGUAUGCAUACUGUUGUUUGCUUUACAUGUGAUGUUGAUGGAGUCUGAUUAAUAGCCUUUAUAUCAUAACUAUAUCAAUAAAAACAUGUGCUGUCAUUCAGAGGAGUAUUGAACAUAAAUUAAGAUGACUGUGAUUUUUUUAGACUGUGCAACUGGAUCAACAUCUUUGGUUAGUUCUGAAGCCUAGUCCUAACCAGGGGUCCAGGAGGGCAACAUUCCUGCAGUUUGGCCUUGAAAGUUUUUUGUGAUCUUAAAGAGCUUAAUUAGCCGGUUGAGGCGUGUUUGAUUACAGUUAGAGCUAAACCCUGCUGUAUAGUGGCCGUCCAGGAGCCCUAUCCUAGUCUUAUCUAUCCAUAACCCCAAUUCUAACCCUAAAAAAGGCAGUACUCAUUCCAGUUCCUGAAAAUCUAUCCUCCAGCAAAGCUUUGCUCAAAUCCUAAUCAGCUGCACCUGAAUCAACUACUUAGGAUUUUCAGGAACAAUUGAUAAUUGCAAACAUGUGUGCUGAGGCAGAGCUGCUGAACUCUGAAGGAACAUGCAUCUCCAGGAACAGGAAUGAGAAGCUCUGCCUAAAACAACUUAAAUUUCCUCUUGAAUGCCUAUUUUUGCCCUAGUUUCAUGGUAAACCCUGUCCCUGUCACCCCAUCCUGAACCUAGCCCAUGAACCUAGCUAUUAUUUUUAACCCUAACCUGUAAAAUUCUUUUUAACACUUAACUCCAAUGUCUAGGCCUAACCUCGACUCUUAACCCCAAAUCCCUGGAUCUUAACCUUCAGCUUUAACCACUAUUCCAAGGAUAGGCAACGUUGGUCCUGGACUGGCGAUGUCCUGCAGUCCUGAGUUUAGACUCAAACAUAAUCAGACACACCUGAAUAAGCUAAUCAAGGUCUUCAGGAUUACUAGGAAUACAGCAGGGUGCCCAACCCUGUUCCUGAAGAUCUACCUUCCUGCAGAGUUUAGUUUCAACCCUGAUCAAACACAACUGUCUGUAAUUAUCAAGUGCUCCUUCAGAUUCUAAUUAGUUGUUUGAUCAGGGUUGGAGCUGAACUCUGCAGGAAGGUAGAUCUUCAGGAACAGGGUUGAGCACCCUGGGCUACAGGCAGGUGAGGGUUUUUUUUCAGGUUGGAGCAAAACCUUGUAGGACAUUGCCACUCCAGGACAGACGUUGCCUAUCCCUGCCCUAUUCCAACCUCUAAAUUCCAAUCUUUACACCUGACAAUUCUCAUCUUCCAACCCUACCACACUUACUGCAAGUGGCCAUAAACUAACCGCAAAAUCAGAGAAUAAUGAUGAGCAUGUUGCUCAUGACCAGGGGUGUCCAAUCCUGCUCCUAGAGGGCCACUAUCCUGCAGAAUUUAGCUCAGAUCAGCUGAAAUAACUAAUCAGGGCUUUCAGGAUUAAUCAAACCUUCCAGACAGGAGUGUUUUGGCAGGUUGGAGCUAAACUCUGUAGGACAUUGGCCCUCCAGGAGCAGAAUUGGACACUCCUGCUCAAGACCCAACCCUAUCCCUAACUCUAAAAUCAGAGCUGGUCAACUUUGGUCCUGGAGGGCCACUGUCCUGCAUAGUUUAGCUCCAAAACUAAUCCAACGCACCAGCCUGUUGUUUUCUAGUGAUCUUGAAAACACUGAUUAGCUUGUUCAAGUGUAUUUGAUUAUGGUUGGAGCUAAACUCUGCAGGACAUUUGGCCUCCAGAAGCAGGAGUGGACAUCCCUACUCAAGAAUCAACCCUAUCCCUAACCCUAAAAUCAGGGCUGGGCAACCUUGGUCCUGGAGGGCCACUGUCUUGCAGAGUUCAGCUCCAACCCUAAUUAAAAAAACCUGAACAACCUAAUCAAUGUCUUCAAGAUCACUAGAAAGCAACAGGUAGGUGUGUUUGAUUAGGGUUGAAGCUAAACUCUGCAGAACAGUGGCCCUCCAGGACCGAAGUUGCCCCAGCCCUGAUCUAAAUAGUAGAUAGGAAUGCUUUUCUAGGACAGGCAUGGGCAAACUUGGUCCUGGAGGGGCCGGAGUCUCUGCAGAGCUCCAACCUUGAUGAAACACACCUGAACAAGCGUACUAGAAGAUUACUAAAAGGCUACAGACAGGUGAGUUGUGUCAGGGUUGGAGUUAAACUCUGCAGGACACCGGCCCUAAAGGACCGAGUUUGCCCAUGCCUGUCCUAGGACUGUCAGGAUAUUGGAUCCAGAUCCACAUUAGCAAAAUCACAGUAAGCAUAGUGCACAGUAGGCCUCAUUCAUGAAACUUUUUAAAAAUGGGUGAAUUCAGGGUAAUUUGCGCAUAAAAUUAAAUUCCUGCGAAACUCUUCAGAUUCACAAACGCUUCGCAAACCUAAUAAUGUGUUAAAUGUGUAUGUUAAGGAAUUCUGAUACUUCUCAAAUAGGGCACGCAUGUUUAUUCAAAGCUAGCAUAAUCCUCGCCCAUGAAUUACGCUUAGUGGAGUGCUAUGACAUCUUUAGGACUCCUUUCUCAUGAUUGGCUUCAGAAUAUUGCAUCAGUAUAUUGCAUCAAUGAGAUUAAUUCAGCCAUAUGCCAAACAAAUUUUGAAAAUAUGAUAUAAACAUUUUCACGAAUCUGAAAAUGUAGGUCAGAACACUUUCACAAACUGUGUUAAAAAAAUUUUUUUCUGUUAAUGUUUCAUAAUGAGGCCCACUGGCUCUACACAUACCCACUUGUAUCACUGUUAUUUGCAUAUCAUACAUAUGCAUUAUGUAAACUGCAAAAACACAAAACUUUGAAAUGGAAUUUUGAACGUAAUUGUUAUGAAGUGAAAUGUUAAAGCCAAAUAGCAUCCACAAUCUUCAACUUUAACCACUGUAAUAAUUUUAACAUUAUUCUGACUAAUAAUUGUUGUUGCAGGAAUUGAGUCAUUAUUCAAAUCAGCUGCUGUGAGUCUGUGUAAGAUAUGUUAAGCACCGACUAUAAUGGUAUAAUACAUGCUGUUGCUUAUUAUAAA